UCGCGAUUGGCUGUUCGCGGUGCGUCGAGCUCCUUGGUCCCCCGGCGCCAUGGCGGCCCCGGGCCGGCGCUGCCCGGGCUGUGGCUCCGCGGAGCUGCUGGAGGACGCGCUGUACGCGCAGCAGCAGCUGGUCUGCGCCGCCUGCGGCUGCGUGCUGGCCGAGGGGCUGCUCACCACCACCUACAGCGACGAGGAGCACCGCAGGGAGGUGGCGUAUUCCCAGAGCACCGGCCAGAAGGAGCAGCUGAGCCGCUGUGUGCAGCGAGGGAUCAGGCGUGUCCAGGAUCUCUGUAAAGUCCUGCAGCUCCCAACGGUGUUCGAGGAGACGGCCGUGUCCUACUUCCAGAGAGCCGUGCAGCACCCAGCCUUCCACCUGGUCAGCCUGGAGAAGAAGGAGCUCCUGGGCGGCUGCUGCGUCUUCGUGACUUGUCGGCAGCACAACUGGCCCCUGACGAUGGGGACGAUCUGCUCCCUCCUGUACGCGAAGCAGGAGCUGUUUGCCGGCGUCUUCCUCAGCCUGCAGAAGGAGCUGGGGCUGUCGGUGCCGGCGCUGAGCCUGGCUGAUCUGGUGUCAACGCACCUGAACAGUUUUCGGCUGUUCCAGCACUCGGCUGACGUCCCCGCCCCGUUCGUGGAGGACAAGGAGAAGAUGGUGGCCCGGACGCUGCAGCUGGUGGAGCUGGCUGGCGAGACGUGGCUGGUCACCGGCCGCCACCCCGUCCCCAUCGUCACGGCCGCGGCUUUCCUGGCGUGGCAGUCGCUGCGGCCGGGCGCCCGCCUGGCCUGCCCCUUGGCGCGGUUCUGCAGGGCGGCGGGGGUCGACCUGCCGCCCCCGGCGCACCUGCGGCUGAAGGAGCUUCUGGACAUCCUGCUGCGAAUGGCCUCGCAGCUCGCCUGGCUCAGGGUCUUCAACCUGGACAAGAAAACCGUGGUCAAGCACAUCGGGGACCUGCUGCAGCACCGCAUUUUCCUGCUGAAAAACGCCUUCUGCGUGGAGGAGGAAGAGGAGCAGCACGCUGCGGCCCCGGGCGAGGGCUCCCCCGGCUCUCCGCGGGCCGUGGCGCCGGAGAAGGGCUGUCCCGAGGGGAAUAAACGCGGGCGGGAGGGCGGCGCGAGGCCGCUGCUGCCGCCCUGCCUCAUCCAGCCCAGGAAGCGGCUGCGGACGGCAGCCCCCGGCGCCGCGGGCUCGGCCGUCAGCGGGGACGAGCCCAUCUCCGACAGCGAGAUCGAGCAGUACCUGCGCGGCCCCGAGGAGAUCCGCGCCUUCAGCAAGGCCAAGGGCUGGCCCUGACGGCGGCGCCCGCGGGGUCUGGAGGACGCUGCUCCGCAGGGACCAGAGAUGUGGCAUCUGACGGUGAUGAGGGACAGUCGCCCGCAGGAGCGGGGUGCGGGAAGGAGCGGGCGCUGUCCCCUGGGCUUCUGGACCAAAAUGGGGCUUUUUGUGGAGUGACGGCGUGGGAUUGUGUUCUAUUUCUGUUAUAAAUAGAUGGAAGCGCAGGUGCUGGGGCUGGUUUCUGGCUUCUCUCUCGUUGGUAAAAGGUGUUUUGGUGAGUCCCAGCCCUGCGGGGCGGGGGUGAUGCCUGGGGGACUGUCUCCAGCACCUUCAUGGUGCAGGAUUUCCAUAGCGCUGCUUUUCCAGGGAUGGUCUCCCCUUCUCGUGCUUCACCUUCUUUGUCAGAAUGAGUUUGUGAGGGUCUGGGAAACACCUUCACCUGCCGAGGGAGAACUCCCCUGGUUUGGGUUAAAUAAGGGACGUGCUGGAAAUGGUGAAGACGUGCUUUUGGUUGGCGUGUGCAGAAUGUGGCGUUGCUGCUCUCAAUAAGAGCGCCCUCGCCAUGCCCGGUGUAUUUGGACACAAGGUCUGUGAGAAAUAACAGUAGAUCUUGGCAGAUUGGCAAAUCUUUAAUAUAUUAAACAAAACAUAUCUGCUAGAAACAUUCUAUUUAUAUAAAAAAAUGCAAAAGAGACCCCUUUAAAGACAUGUCUUUGGCAUACGUUCCCCUCCCUCCCCUGGGUUAUUGCCAGAAGCUCUCUGUUGAUAUGUCAUUCGCUUGUAAUGUAAACAGACAAAUAAAAAGUGUAAUUAAUAAUACAAA